AUUGGCCGACGAUGAAGCUCACGAAUUUCCUGAAACUGCGCCAGUAAUAAAGAAGUCGUUUUACAUGGAUGAUCUAAUGGUAGGAAAUGAAAACAUAGAAGAAACGAAGAAAAUGUGCCAAGAAAUUAAAGAAAUAAUGAGAAGAGGAGGAUUUCAAAUGCAAAAAUGGUCUAGCAAUUCAGAUGAAGUUUUAGAAUAUUUGAAAGAAGACAAUAGUACAAGAGACACGCUAGAAAUCAAAAUGGACAAAAUAAUAAAGAUUCUUGGCUUGACCUGGAAUAGACAAGACGAUACGUUUGAAAUUACAGUAAACUUACCUGAAAUGAGAAGUCCUAUAACAAAGAGGUCUAUACUUUCUGAUGUUGCUCGCCUGUUCGACCCUUUUGGGUGGCUAGCACCUGUAAUAAUAACUGCUAAAGUAUUAAUUCAGAAGUUAUGGUUGAGUCAUCUGGGUUGGGAUGAUGAGUUGCCAUCGGACUUGACAGACGAGUGGCUUCGGUAUAGAGAAGAACUGAUAAAUUUACAAAACGUCAAGGUUCAGCGUUGGUUAAACAUGACACGAGAAGAUGAUCACAUUGAGCUGCACGGAUUUUCAGAUGCAUCCACUCAAGCUUAUGCAGCCGUGACUUACCUGAAGGUUGUUAGAGGUGGUGUAGUAUACGUCUCUAUGAUCGCGUCAAGAACUAAAGUCGCACCCCUGAAGCAACUUUCUGUUCCUAAAUUAGAGCUUUGUGCUGCAGCCUUAUUAGCAGAAUUGAUCAGUGAUGUCACAGAGCUUCUGAAGAUUCCUAAAAAUAAAAUAUUUGUUUGGACGGACUCAAUGGUCGUACUGGCUUGGCUGCAAUCUCAACCUAGUCGCUGGAAAACAUUUGUAGCGAAUAGGACAGCUGAUAUUACACGAUUGAUAGAUAAUGAUCGUUGGAGACAUGUGCAAUCUGCGGAUAAUCCUGCGGACAUCGCGACAAGAGGAGUCAAAGCGCAAGAAUUAGCUACACAAGAUCUGUGGUGGAGUGGGCCAGAAUGGCUUAAGAGAGACCAAGUAGAAUAUGAAAAAAGAGAAAUUGCACAAACAGAAUUAGAAUCAAAAACGACAUGUCAUGUACUUGUAGAUGAAAAGCCUAUAUGGGAGAGAUUUUCAACAAUGUCACGAAUGAAGAGAGUGCUAGCUUAUUGUAGAAGAAUGUUAACCGAAAGAAAAAGAGAGCUAGAAGAGAGUAAACACUUAACAGUUAAAGAAAUGGAAAAAGUGGAAGAAGAAUGUAUAAAGUUCUAUCAAAAUUUAGUAUAUGGAACAGAUAUAGACGAUUUGAAGAAAGAUGGAAGAGUUAAGAAAAGAAGUACCCUAAUCACACUUGCACCAUUCUUAGACGAGAAAGGUUUGCUAAGAGUGGGAGGACGUCUUCAAAAUGCCUCAAUGUCUGAAGAGACAAAGCAUCCAAUUAUUAUUCCACGCAACCAACAUAUUACCAAAUUAAUUGUUAAUGAGGCCCACACUAGAACACUUCAUGGUUGGAACCAGUUAAUGAUGACUUACGUGAAAACCAAAUACUGGGUUAUCGGCUUAAAGUCAUCCAUUCGAAAAUGCAUUUACAAUUGCAAAAACUGUGUCAUAGACAAAGCUAAAGUAAAGAAUCAGUUCAUGGGCCAGCUGCCAACAGUCAGAGUUAACCAAAAUCGACCCUUUUUAAAUAGUGGCGUGGACUAUGCUGGACCCAUUUUAAUGAGAACCUCUAAAGGCCGAGGACAUCAUGCGAUCAAGGGAUACAUUUGUUUGUUCGUAUGCAUGGCCACUAAAGCUAUUCAUCUUGAGGCUGUAUCGGAUCUGACUUCCCAAGCUUUUAUAGCUGCUUUUAGAAGAUUUGUCGCGCGCAGAGGCCAUUGUAAAGAUAUUUGGAGCGAUAAUGGUACCAAUUUUAUUGGUUCUGCUAAAGAGUUAAAAGGCAUGUUCGAACCUGGGAAAAACAAUUUAGCCAGCGAGGUGGCAGAACUGCUAGCUACUGAAGGGACAACGUGGCACUUCAUACCCCCAAGAAUGCCUUCAUACGGAGGCCUGUGGGAAGCGGGAGUUCAGUCUGCCAAACGACAUUUAGCUAGGGUAAAUAAGGAUACUAAACUGACUUAUGAAGAAUUAGCGACUCUGUUGACUCAGGUCGAGGCCUGUCUAAAUAGUCGUCCUCUUUGUGAAAUAGACAGUACCACAGGAGUCCCACUGACGCCAGGACAUUUCUUAGUGGGUGAGCCGUUGGUCAGUGUUCCAGACUUAAAUUACGAGCAUAAAAAAGUAAAUAUACUUACCAGAUGGCAGUUAGUACAGAAGAUGACACAGAACUUUUGGCGCCAAUGGCAGAACGAUUACCUUAACACACUGCAACAAAGAUAUAAGUAGCAAGUUGCCGUACCAGCACCCUGCAUUGGAGAUUUAGUAAUCAUAAAGGAUGAAAUUACGCCACCUACUAAAUGGUUACUAGGGAGGGUCAAGUAUCUUCAUCCCGGAGCAGAUAACCUGGUGAGAGUGGUAACUGUACAGUGCAAGGGAGACCACGAGCUUAAAAGACCUUUGUCAAAAUUAAUAUUACUCCCUAAAACAUUGAAUGAGUAGACCUAUACUAUAGCUAGUACAGUC